AUGUCCGAGAACACCACGAGCAUCACCAGUGACCAUUCCAAUCCCAGUGGACGUUCAGCAAAUACUAGAUCAAAAACUGGUCCUCACUCUAAUUCGUCAGCGUCAGGAGGGACCAAGACUGAGAAUGGACCCACACCAACCUCUUCUGAAUCUCGAUCGAAAUACCAUCGAAUUCAGCCUGAAGGCGAUGUGAGACGAUUCGCUACCAAUACUCAAGAUCUUCCCGAUCCAGAAUAA